CUGCAAGCAAAAGCUGCCCCUGCGCGGUUCCAGGCGGUCACUCGGCGCUCCUGGCACGCUUGGCGGUCGCACGGAUCCCCCUCCGUCAGACAGGGCGCAAAAAAUCCGCGCACGAACCGCUGCGUGUGGCCUGAUCUUGGGGGCUGCCCGCUCACCCGCCGCACGGCCUGCUAAUCGUCCGCGCGGCACGCCCACGCCGUCCCUCGACGCCGCCGCGGCGCCGCGCCAGCAGCGGCGCGGUGAUCGACGACCAUGGCCGACAUGAAGGCCAUGAUGCGCGAAUCCGCGAAAGCGAAGCGCGAGAUGGAGGAGAUGCGAAGGAAAGCGGAAGCGGACCUCGACGAGAUUUUGGAUGAGGCGAUUGCCGAGUUCGAGGCAGAAGAAGAUCUGACCGAGAAACCGGAAGACGACGAGGGCGAGCGCAUGGAGACGCUGCUGGCCGGCGAGAAGCGCGCGAAGCGCAUCGAUUUGGCGAUGGAAGAGGAGAUGAAGGACGACGCGUACAAUCGCUUGGACUCGCUCGUGGAUAAUUUAAGGAAUCCUGCGUUUAAAGACACUCUGGAGAUGACCCUGCGAGCGUUGUCGGGCAAUGAAGAAGGUGCGAGAACGAUAGAACAGUUCGUCCGGGACCAGCGAGAUCGGGCGGAGCGGUUAAUCUCGGACGAGGCGCCCGAUGUGGAAUUGGAUCGCGGGUUAAGUCGGACCAUGGAGUUAUUAGCGACAUCUUCAUCGAAUAUGGAGGGGCUGGAACCGGCGCAGAUCGAGCAGAGCGGCGACGAGAUGAUGACGAACAUGAUCGCGGAGUUCGAGAAAUUGGGCCAGAAGGAGGACUUCGACCAGAUCGUCGAGAACAUGCUGCGCCAACUGUUAGCGAAAGAUCUCAUGUACGAGCCGAUGUCGAAGGUCUGCGACAAGUACCCGGAAUGGCUCGCGGAGAAGUACGAAACUUUAAGCCAGGACGAGUAUCAAAGAUAUGGCACGCAGUACCAGUACUUCCAGCGCAUCGUGGCCGUCUAUAAAUACGAGCCGGACAAUUUUCCUCGACUCGUGGAAUUGCUUCAAGAUUUACAGAAGUACGGGCAGGUGCCCUCGGAGAUCAUCAAGGAGCUCGCGCCGGCCCUCGAAUUCGGGCCCGACGGCAUGCCGGUCAUGAAUUUGGGGGACAACAUCUUCCCGAAGCCGGGCGCCGCGCCGGGGAUGCCUGGUUUGCCGACGCCCGACGCGUCCGCGGCGAACUGCUGCGUAAGCUAG